AUGGCACUUCAAGAAACGAAAAUCGGGCCUGGGGUUAGAUUUCCGUUUUAUAACUUCUGGGGCAGGACUAGGUUUGAACUGGAGAUUGUCGAUGCGGUAGGUACUGUUGGUGGGCUGGCGUCCUUCUGGAAUCCAGCCUAUUUCGACAAGGUUAGUGAAAUUAAACACCGUCACUUCUUGAUUGUUACCGGUAUUAUUAAAGCAUCGGGGGAGCUGAUUAACAUAGCAAAUGUGCAUGCACCAAACGAUCCGGUUGCACGUAGGGGCCUGUGCGAAGAGUUGCGGGGUUGGAAAAAUCUAUUGCAAGGGCUGUGGUUAUUUAUGGGGGAUUUUAAUGACGUGAGAUCACCUACUGAGAGAAGGAAUUCCGAGUUUGUUUCUGUCAAUGCGGAUUUCUUCAAUCAGUUCAUUGAAUCCGCGGUCCUUUUUGAGUAUAAUAUGGGGGGUAGGCAGUUCACGUACAGGUCGGACAAUGGUCAGAAAAUGAGCAAAUUGGAUCGAUUUUUGGUGUCAAUGGAUUUUAGAGAUAUAUGGCCUGACGCCGCAGUUAUUGCUUUGAAUAACGUCGCAUCGGAUCAUUGCCCGGUUGUCCUUUCUACCAUCCCGUGUAAUUUUGGUCCUAUUCCAACGCGAAUUUUUAAUUCGUGGUUGGAGUUACCUGGUUUCGUGGAGUUUGUUCAUCAGCAAUGUGCCGUGUUCCGCUUUACAGGCCCCGCUGAUCUGGGCUUAGGUGUCAAGUUAAAGUGGUUAAAGAAAAAGGCAAAGGAGUGGGUGUUAAGUUUAAAGGAGAAACAAAGGGGCCAGUAUGCGGACAAUGUGAAUAAAUUGGAAGCCCUAGAACUAGUGGCGGAGACGAGGAACUUAACGGAGGAGGAAAUCGAAACUAGAGCCCAGUGCAAAAACUUUGUGGUAGAGACUGAUCGGUUAAAAAAUAUGGACCUUAAGCAGAAGUCUAGGGUCAAGUGGGCGGUCGAAGGAGAUGAGAACACGGCUUAUUUCCAUGGGAUCAUUAAUGCUAAUACCACAAAUAAUCGGAUUAGUGGGUUGCGUAUACAAGGGGAAUGGACUAAUAAUCCGGUUCUAAUUAAGGAUUAUGUGGCAGACUUUUUUUGUGAUCGCUUUUCAGAACCAAUGUUGGUUAGCCUCAACUAA